AUCGCGGAGAAGCUGGUGUGUCUUUUUGUUGUCUGCGGCUGGACUCUGAUGUAAGGCGACAUGUCACGUCUGUGGAUGUGCUAUUUAUUAACGAGUUUAACAUUUUUGACUGGAGAACUAACGAAAUAGGUGCAACCUGCAGUAGCCAAUAGUUUUGGAAACUAUAAAGAAGCAACGCAUUUGUUUCGCAAGUGGUGUCUCAACAUGCACCCUGAUAUCCAUCUCUCUCUUUUCUUCACACUGCUGCUGCUUCAAGUCCGGCAAGGUGCCUCAGUGCAGGAGCUCCAAACCAGCCAUGAGAACAUUGUAAAGAUACAGUCAGCAGGAGAAAUGAUGCAGUGCUCAGCAGCCAUAGAUGUCCUCUUCCUCAUGGAUGGCUCUUACAGUGUGGGGAAGGGCAGUUUCGAGAGGGCCAAACAUUAUGUUAUCAAGCUCUGUCAAGCACUAGAUGUACGACCAGAGAAGGUACGAGUUGGUUUGAUUCAGUUUGGCUCCACUCCUUGGCUGGAGUUCGCCCUGGACUCGUACACGACCAAACAAGAGUUAAAGAAGCACAUAAAGAACAUAUCUUACAGAGGAGGCAGCACCCAAACAGGCCUGGCUCUCAAGUACAUCCUGAGGAAGGGUUUCCCAGGUGGGCGUAGCUCUUCCGCAGUGGCCCGCGUCGCCAUCCUCUUAUCAGACGGGAGGUCCCAGGGCAACACGGUGCAGGUGGCAGCACAGCUCAAAGAGACGGGCAUUGUCUUGUUUGCUGUGGGCCUUCACUACCCCAGGUGGGAGGAGCUUCAUGCUCUGGCCAGUGAGCCAGUGGAGAGCCAUGUCUUCUUCGCCGAGCAUGUCAACGACGCUGUCAAUGGCCUCUACACCACAUUGACCACCACCUCUGUUUGCAGUGCCACUCCUGCAGGCUGCCAGGUGGAGUCGUUUCCUUGUGAGAGGAGGACACUGGAGACAGUGAAAGAGCUGCAGGGGAAUUUCAUGUGUUGGAAAGGCUCCAAGGGGUAUUCCCCACACAUUUCUCUCUGUCCCUACUACAGGUACAACAGGGCUUACAAGAUGCAUCAGACAGUCUGCCAUCGCACCAUCUGUUCAGAGCCGUGUGAUUCUCAGCCCUGUGUGAACGGUGGAACGUGUGUAUCAGAAGGUCCAGAGAGCUAUCACUGCAUGUGUCUGCCUGGCUAUGGAGGGGACCCACACUGUGCACCCAUGUUAUCACUGGACUGCUCGGUGGAUUUGCUCUUCCUGCUAGAGGGCUCUGCCACUCUUACCUUGGAACACUUCCUCCACUUCACAUCCUUCUUAAAGCGCUUCCUGCAGACAGUGAUUGGGUCUGACAGCCCCAGUAAAGUCGGCCUGGCGGUGUUCGGUGGAGAGACUCGAGUGGAAGCCCAGGUUGGCGAGUUCAAGGGGGACCUGAUGGGUCUCCUUAAAGCCGUGGAGGUGCUUCAACAGAUAGGUGGUGAGACUCGGACAGGCCAGGCGCUUCACUAUGUCACACGUCAUGGCUUCGUGAGCUCACCGAUCUUUGCUGAUGUCACGGAUGACCUGCCUCGCGUGGUGGUGCUGCUCACUGCCACUUCUGCUGUUGAUGAAGUGUUAGAGCCUUCAAAAUAUGCACGGGACAGAGAAAUCUUCCUUAUUGGAGUGGGACCAGACACCUUAAAGGAGCAGCUGAAUAAUAUCACAGGAAAUCCCCAGAGGACUCUCACCUACAAAUCACCUGAUCAGUUCUAUGCCAAGGUGCCUGAGCUCAGGGCCAAGAUCUGCACUGUAGAUACGCAAGGUUGUCUUGGCCAGGCGGUAGACCUGGUGUUUGCCCUUGAUGCCUCAAGCGGUGUUGGUCGUGAUAACUUUGCCACAAUUCGUGACUUUGUGCGCAGCCUCACCGUCCAGUUUGACAUCAACCGCGAUGUGGCUCAAAUGGCACUCGUGGCCUACGGUCGGAGACCCAUCACAGUCUUCCACCUGGACACCCAUGAGACUGGGUCUGCUGUGAUCAAGGCAGUAGCUGAUGCGAACUACAUUGGUGGAGCGGCUUCGACGGGUGUGGCUUUACUCCACAUCCACUCCAGUGUCCUGACAGUGGCUAAAGGAGCACGGCCCGGAGUCAACAAGGCUGUGGUGGUGGUGACAGAUGGUUCAGGCGGGGAUGAUGCUGUCGUGCCAGCUCAGAAGAUAAGGAACAGUGGAGUUUCAUUGUUUGUGGUAGGUAUUGGAGAUGUGCAGAGAGAGCGGAUGCUGCAGAUUGCUGGUUCACAGGAUCAAAUCAUCUCAGUACCUUCUUAUGAGGAUCUCAAAUACUUUGAAGACGUGCUGGUGCAGAUUCUGUGUUCAGAGGUGAAGAAGCCAGUAAAUCUUUGCAAGCCCAACCCUUGUAUGAAUGAUGGGAUCUGCAUCUUGUCAGGAGGGAGCUUCCGCUGUCAGUGCCAGGGCUACGAAGGACCACACUGUGAAAUAAGAAGCAGCAGGCCUCCAUCCAGAGGAGAUCUUCCGAGGUCUGCUGGUCUAAGGACGAAGCGCAGGCAGAAGAAGAGCAACCAGUAGCAUCUCUACAAACUGCACUGUAGGAGAAAUGCUGCCUGACACACGAUACACACAUACUACAAUACAGAAACAAAUCACCUAGGGACACUCAUGAACCAAGGGAGUUUGUGGGUGCUCGCUGGUGUCAAGAGAAAACUAAUGCUGCUGUUUCAGUAUUUAAACUUUCACUCAGACUUCAACAAGUGCCGUCAAACUGUAUGCACCUAUACUGCAGUUUGAAUAGUUUACUAGUUUGUUGUUAAAUGUGUGAGCUAUCACUGUUGCACAAUUGUCUCAACAUGGUUCUUUGGUCUAUAUAAAGAUGUAAACUUUUAUAUUAUAAUGUAUAUCUGUGUGAUGAUUUCAUUAUUUUUAAUGUAUACUCCCCUCACCUCAACCAAAAAACACUAUAUGCCUUCCAAGACAUUUGCCAGACAUGCAUCCACUGAAUGAAUUCCC